CAUUACCCUUUAAAGUCAUCGAUAAAGUAGAAAACCAUAUAUCUGAGUUGAAUUCAGAGGUGAAAAACAGGUUUUAUACCUUUAUAACGCGUACAAGGUUUGAAGAUUUGACUCAAGACUUAUUUCAAUCUACAAUGGAACCUGUUAAAUAUUCACUACGAGAUUCUAAACAUUUCAAUGUUAAAGAACCAAACAAAUUCAAGAAUCCAGAUGAAGCAAUAGCCUAUGGUGCUGCCAUUCAAGCUGCUAUUUUAUAUGGUGAUACUUCAGAAAAAACUCAAGAUUUUACUUUCACUUUAUCACCAAGAGGUAUUCCACAAAUUGAAGUCACCUUUGAUAUUGAUGCACACGGUAUCUUAAACGUAUCUGACGUUGAUAAAACAUCUGGACAAACGAAUAAGAUUAUCUAUCACAAACGACAAAGGUCGAUUGUCAAAGAACGAAAUUGA